AUAAAGAAAUCUCUGAUUAUCGCCUUACCUUUUGUGCGAACAGUGAUUUCUUUUUGCUUCGCUUCGAUUCCGCGGGUACGCGUUCCAGGAAAUCGAUUCUCGAAACGCGCUGGUGAUCGGAUCAGGAUCGUUGAUUCGUUACAUUAAAUUGCACUUAACUUCGAGAUGAUACUUUGUACUCACCCCGAUACACGCGAUAGCACUAUUCGACUCGAAAUAGCACGCAGUUGACUAAUCCGACUAAUCAGGAAGCAGGAAAAAUUGCACCGUCAUCUUACAAGUGGUCCACCUUCACAAGAAACCAGGAACUGAGAGCGAAGGCGGCUGGGGAUGGCAAGUCAACUGUGGAAAGCGUUGACCAGGAGGCGCAUCGAUGAGAACGCCGAAAACAAAGGUGAACUCGCUCGAGUUCUCGGACUGAUGGAUCUCACGGGGCUCGGCGUUGGCUCUACCCUCGGUCUCGGUGUCUAUGUCCUCGCCGGUAGCAUCGCGAAAGAAACGGCCGGCCCGGCCGUUAGCAUCUCCUUUCUGAUCGCCGCCGUCGCUUCCGCAUUUGCCGGUAUGUGCUACGCGGAAUUCGCUUCCAGAGUUCCCAAGGCAGGAUCGGCGUAUGUUUACAGUUACGUGACAGUGGGAGAAUUUGUCGCUUUUAUCAUAGGAUGGAAUUUAAUUUUGGAGUAUGUAAUAGGAACCGCGAGCGUCGCCCGCGGCUUGAGUAAUUAUUUGGAUGCGUUAACUGGAAACGUGAUAAAAAAAACAUUGUCCGCCGCUAUGCCUAUGAAUGUACAGUUUCUAUCAGAGUAUCCUGAUUUUUUUGCAUGCUCUGUGGUGUUCCUGCUUGUGAUUUUAUUGAGUAUAGGAGUCAAAGAGUCUUCAAUCUUGAAUAACAUCUUUUGUGUUGUGAAUCUAAUUGUUAUUGCAAUUAUUAUAGUAGCAGGAGCAUUAAAUGCUGAUCCCGCGAAUUGGAGAAAACGACCGGAAGACAUACCGAAGACAGUCGAUCAUGCUGGCGUAGGAGGUUUUAUACCUUUUGGUAUAAAUGGAAUAAUGGCAGGUGCAGCCAGAUGUUUCUUCGGUUUCGUGGGAUUCGAUGCUGUGGCAACUACUGGUGAAGAAGCUAAAAAUCCUCAGCGAAAUAUACCUCUAGCCAUUGUUAUAUCUCUAAGUAUCAUCUUCGUAGCUUAUUUUAGCAUUUCCACUGUAUUAACUUUGAUGUGGCCUUAUUAUGCUCAGGAUAUCGAUGCGCCAUUUCCCUUUGUAUUUGAACAAAUUGGUUGGUUCGUUAUCAAAUGGAUUGUCAACAUUGGAGCAGUAUUCGCAUUGUGCACAAGUUUGCUAGGCGCAAUGUUUCCCCUACCGCGUGUAUUGUACGCCAUGGGUAGCGAUGGAGUAAUUUUUAAAUAUUUUGCGGAAGUACACCCCAGAACCAUGACACCUAUUUUCGGCACAAUAGCUUCCGGUUUAUUUAUUGGAUUUAUGACUAUUUUAUUUAAUCUUCAUCAAUUGAUCGAUAUGAUGUCCAUCGGAACGCUGUUGGCGUAUACAAUAGUAGCAAUUUCUGUUCUAAUAUUAAGAUAUCAAGGAAAAGAAUGUACCUCUAACCAUCAUACUUUAGCAACAUCAACGAAUAGUUUUAAAUUUUCACCAAUUAAUAUCCUAAAGCAUAUAUUUAAUUUACACAAUCAGAAGGAGGUCAGUGAAACUACCACUAAAAUUGCAAGCUAUGGUAUUGCAAUGUUAUGUAUUAUUAUAUUUGCUAUAACAUUGUUAAUUAAUGUUGCGGGUGCAAACGCCUUCGGUAACCACGUAAUAGAAACUGUGAUACUAGUCAUACUUAUAAUAAUAUUAUUGCUGAAUUUAGCAGCUGUUGCAAGGCAGCCUAUUCAAGAAGUUGAUAUAGCAUUUAAGGUACCAUUAGUGCCAUUUUUACCAUGUUGUAGCAUUUUUGUAAAUCUGUAUUUGAUGCUACAGUUGGACACUUUCACAUGGGUCAGAUUUGCUGUAUGGAUGAUUAUCGGAUUUGUUAUUUAUUUCUUCUAUGGUAUAUCUCACAGUGAACAAGGAAAAAGAGAUAAGAUGGAAGCUGAAAUGAUAAAAAGAAAGUAUGCGGAUCAAGUUAGAAGUGUAACAAGAUUCUGAAAACAAUGUUGAGCUAUGUAAUACGUGUGGAAUUAAUUUAUAAAGAACUUCUCAGAGAAAGCGCUAGGUGUUAUAGGAAGUGAUUACCAUUACGACAUUAAAGUACGAAUGAUAUACAGUUCAUGUAAGUGUGUUGUUGGAAAGAUAUAAGGACGUUAACAGUACAACUGUAUAGAAAAUUCUUCGCAUACUUUACUAUAAUGCAAAAUAGUUCUUAUUGUGAAACUUUAAUAUGUCAGUAAAACGCUGGCUAUUUGACAUCAGUACAAUUAUUACGCAUCAUAAGAUUAACAUAUAUUGCGUGUUUUAAAUAUAUUCACACCAUUUAUUCC